GGCGCGCAUGCGCGGCGGCGGCGGCGGCGGCGAUGGCGGCGGGUUCGCGUCCCGGGGUGGUGCUGGGCGCCAUGGAGGUGGGGCGGCGGGCCGGGCCCGAGGCGAGCGCCGCGCUCCUCCGCGCCUUCCUGCGCCGCGGGUAUCGCCUCCUCGACACCGCUUACAUGUACGCGGGCGGCGAGUCCGAGCGUAUCCUGGGCACGCUACUGGCUGGCAGCACGGAGCCCGUGGAGGUUGCCACCAAGGCCAAUCCCUGGGAUGGGAAGACACUGAAGCCCGAGAGUGUGCGAUCGCAACUGGACACGUCCCUGGAGAGGCUGAAGAGGACGAGUGUGGAGCUCUUCUACCUCCAUGCUCCUGACCACGGGACACCAGUGGAGGAGACGCUGCGUGCCUGCAAUGAGCUGCACAAAGAAGGAAAGUUUAAAGAACUUGGCCUAUCAAACUACGCGGCGUGGGAAGUCGCAGAAAUCUGCACCAUCUGCAAAUACAACAACUGGGUGAUGCCAACUGUGUACCAGGGUAUGUACAACGCAACCACUCGCCAGGUGGAAGCCGAGCUGUUCCCUUGUCUGAGAUAUUAUGGGCUGCGGUUCUACGCCUACAAUCCGCUGGCAGGAGGGCUGCUGACCGGCAAGUACAAGUAUGAGGACAAAGACACCCGCCAGCCCACUGGAAGGUUUUUUGGGAAUGACUGGGCUCAGGCCUACAGGGACAGGUACUGGAAAAAGCAUAAUUUUGAAGGAAUUGCCCUAGUAGAAAGAGCUCUGAAAGAUGCUUAUGGUUCCAACGCACCAAGCCUGACCUCUGCUGCUUUGCGGUGGUUGUACAAUCACUCUAAACUGCAGGGUUCUCUUGGAGACGCGGUGAUCGUUGGGAUGUCCAACCUGGAGCAGCUAGAGCAGAACCUUAACUACAGUGAAGAGGGUCCCCUGCUCCCAGCUGUCGUGGAGGCGUUCGAUAAAGCCUGGAACCUGACUGCGCAUGACUGCCCCAACUAUUUCCGCUAGACACUAGGGUAGGGACAAGAAAGGGGGUGUCAUGGGGGUGGAUGAUUGAGCACAAAUCUCUCGGAACACGGGAGAGGUACGUACCCACCCUGCCCUUUGAUUGACCAGUAAAUGGGUUGAUUUUUCCCUGUAUUAAUGAAGCUUUGUAGGAUCCACUACCACUGUCAGCACUUCGCCUGUUGGGCCAUGCCUUAUUCUCCCUCCCCUCACGGACCUUCAACCCUACGUAGCACGCACCGCUAUUUAAAGGUGCAGUUAAUCACGGAAAAUGGACAUGUAACUGGAUGAAGGCUCCAGUUCUGCUUUAAUACAGUUUUAAGUAAUUAUGUACAAGAAUAAAACCAUUUUCAACGCA